UUUAAUAGCAGUUAAAGGUUAUAAGAUGAAGAUCAGGUAGGUCAAAAAUGCAAAUAUGAAAGAAGCCUUAUAUUUUUAUUGAAAACACAGAGAACUUUACUAGCCAGAGGGGGAAAGAGAGCAAGACACUGGGUAUUAUAUAGCAGAGCUGAGGGAGUCUGACAAGAUCCCUGUGAAUGCAGUUGCUAGUGAUUGAUAAGAUGGCCGAUAAUGAAGGUCCGGUAGGUAAUAGCUCAGGCUGAUGGCUGCUUACGCCAUGUUGAGGUUUUGCCAGUGUUCCAAUCUGCAACCCCCCUCUCACAGGCGCCUCAUGGAAUGGCUUCUUUCUGCCUCUUCAGGAAAGCUCCUUUGAAAGAAAUUGUGCAUUUUCCUCCUACACUUUUCCUUCCAGUGGGAAAAUAGACAAUUCCGUGGGUGGUUUUAUUGUGGAAGGGGAAAAAAAACAAACAAUGAUAAAACCGAAUCUGCCAUUGGAUGUGUUAAAAGAAAGCACAGUCAUAAGGGUUUUAGCCUCUGUCUAUGAUUGUGUGUAACAGGGAACAUGUACAGGCACAUAAACACAUAUUCAUGCACAUAUAUAUACACACAUGGUCUCUGGAAACCCUAGAUCCAUUGUUCAGCAGCACAUCUAGGGAACACAAAGAGUGUGUAUGUACUGAUAUAUGUGCAUGUGUGUGUAAAUGAGUGCUAUACUAUAUAUGCAUUCAACCACAUGUAUAAAUACAUAUAUUUACCCCAUCACACAUAGAUAUAUAAGGACAUUUACCUACACAGUGGCACAAUAGAAAUGCAGCUGUGCUCUCAUAGUUAAAAAAGAAUUGUAUUUUACAUGCUGGGUUAACUUGCCACACACACACACACACACACACACACACCAGUGUCUUUAAUCUGAAUUAAAUACAUACCGAAUGUAUCUGCAUAUGUGCCCCACUGUUUGGGUUUGGCAAGCUUAGAUACAAAAGUAAACGCACCCAGACGUGGUGAAAGCACAGACUGUAUAAAUGAUUUAUUAAAUAUUUACACAUAUAAACACCCAUGUUCAUUUUGAAAUGGCUACUAUUAUUUUUUUCUCCUCUAUGUUUUUAAUUUAUUUAAAUGUAAGGUUUUCAGACAGAUUCCCAUGUAUCUGAACCUUAAACCAUAACGAAUAUCGAGAAUAUCUGCUAUGAAUGUGUACUUUUACUAAACGGGUUCAUGUGAUGCAGAUUCGUUAGAAGGAUAUUAAUGAAAUAAUCUGUGAAUCUGGAAAUUAUUUUAAUCUGUUUUAACUUGAAAAAAUAUAUGAAAUAGCCUUCCCUGUAUUUAAAUGACCUACCUAUAUUGAACGCUUCCAUAGGAAAAAUAUACAAAUACAUGUUCCAGUUCUAACAUUUAUCAGAAUAUAUUGACUUUGAAACUAGGUCGAUUCAGAAAUAUGCAAUACAGUGUGUAACAUUAUAGUGCUUAGAAAUAUUCUCCGGGUCUCUUUCAUCCUCUCCCGCCUGAGCUGGAAAUUAACCAGAUAUACCACUCCAGUGCUGUAUUUUGUUUCUAAACUCUGUUUCAGGGUGUAGCUUGCAUUUCAUACAGAAAUAUAUGAUAUAGAAAUAUAUGAUUUGUUCUAUCCACAUUUAUUUGUUAUCCCUGUUAACACAGGGAUAUAAAGAAAUACAUUAGAUAUAUUAAAAGCCAGUGGCACCCUUUAACUACUGAGCCACUUAUGCGAGGCUGGGCAGGAAACAUAGAAUAUACAUUUUUCCAAUACUAGAUAUUAAAAUGAUCUUCAAGGGCAUGUUUUUGAAUUGAAGGGCACUUUGUAACACUUUAUUGGCUUGCAUCCAUAUGCUUUUUACCCUAGACUGGAAUACUGAACGAUUAGAAGGGUUUAUUAUAUUCUGCUGCUACACAGGAUAAGAAAAAUGUUUUCAGAUGCACAUCUACCCAUUAUUUCCAUAUGUAGGGUAAUGCAAGGGGAUUGAUAUCUGCGCACAGGGAAGCGCUUUGUUCCCCACACUAUUAGGUUAGAGAAUAAGGAAAGGGAAUGUGUUCAAUACCCACACCCACGCACAUUUGGUAACAAAGCAACAUUGCAUCUGGCAAGUCUUUUCCAUCUCCUAAACCCACUCCCCUGGACCAUAUUUUAAUUCCCCGUUCUCACCUCUUGUUUAUGAGAAUAAAACAGAAAGGAAGGUGCCAUACCUGUGCCAAAUAUCCAAGCUCAAUAAAGCAUGAGAAGACAAAAUCCAUUAUUUUACUUAGUAUUUCAGUCUCCCAACUCCUUUCCCAAGUAACAUUUGAUCUUGGAAGAAACAAGAAGCUUUAAAUGUGAUCUUUAGGGCCAGUAGCUGUCAAGCCAUUUGGCAAGCAAGAUUGAUCACACGCAGACUUCCUCCCAGCUUUGUUUGGAAUAAAAGCAAGAAAAUUAAAAACCGUCCAUCUAACAACUGCGUUUGUGUUCCCAGAGACUGAAACCAAUAUUUUUUUUAAAAAAAUUGGAUUUUUCUUCUUUUGCUUUUGUUGCAAAAUGUACCGAAUAUUCUAUCGUUACCGAAUGUAGUGUGUAAAAUACCUAUUGUCUUUGUGUGCUUUGAAUAUUUCUGCAAACAUGAAGGUCUAUGGCAGCAGAGGAACUAACAAACCAGCAUUCACAAGGUAAUAGCAUGAGGUUGUCUAGGCAGUACUAAAUAAUGGAAACCAUGAUGCAUGUGUAUGCGUAUAUGUGUGUGUAUGUAUAAAUAUAUUCAUCAGUAUAUAUGCAAAAGUGGGCAUUAAUAUUACAAACACGCAUUUAUGUAUUUAUGUAUGGAAGUUUGCCUUUUAUGUACAUACCUCUAUGCAUAAAUAUGUGGUUGGCGCUCAUAGUACUUAUAUGUAUAUGUGGGCUCAAAUGUGUAUACACAAAAGAAAUAUAGUUACCUGUGCGUAUGUUUGUGCACCUAACUUCCAAAAAUCAAAAAACAUAUACAUUACAAGUAACAUAAAAUGCAAAAUGUAAAUGCUAUAUAUAUAUAUAUAUACACACUCCACACUCUUACUAAAAGACACAUUUGCAAGACAAAAGAUUAUUAUUAUUAGAGUACAGUAAAUAACAUUUAAUCACAAAAUGUUAACUUAUAUGAUGCCAUAAAAGGUGUUUAUUAGUGCUGUAUUAGUCAUAGUGCAAGCAAUAGUACAGUAUUAAAAGCACUCACCUUAUCCUGUCUAUUCACUGAGCAAAGCCCACUACCUUUGUAUUACUUUAAUGCAGCAAGAAGCUUUCCAUUAAUAGUUCAGCCAUUUUGCGCUGCAGUGAGUUUCUCCCAUGUAACACACACAGACAGGAUCCUUCUCACGCUUCCCAUAUGUGCCAGGGCUGGUAACAAUGGGCUCUGCUCCCAUCCAAUUGUUCUCUGUACAGUAGAUGAAAAAAUAUAUAUAAAAAAAAUCCCUAUCUCGCAUCAGCCCCCUACAAACAGUUAAACCUACUUUCCCAAGGUAAUGGGGAGCAAAUGAGAGUAGAAUGUGCCUGGGUGAAACUUCUUAUGUAUGUGAAAUGAUUGGGUCUUUUGGUGUCAAAACUUUGAAGAUUAAUGGAUUACUUUGUUAAUGACUUAAGGCGUCAGAUUUUGGUCCUUAAAUGAUUUGUGAGGUGUAAAACGCCUUCCUGACAGACAGAAACAAUGCAGAGAGAGUGCAGAGCAGUGGCGCUACCAGGCACAGCCAGCUUAGCUUAAAGAGCAACAAAAAAAAAAAAUAAAAUAAAAUUCAUAGAGGAUCUGUAUUCUUAUAAAUGGAAAAAAGUGUCAAUAAAAGCCUAGCUGGCACACAAUGAGGCGUUCCUUCUUGACUUUUUUUGGAUCAAUCACACAGACAGUGGCUUCUUUUGAUUAAACCCCAAAUUGUCAUUGGGCAGGAGCAAUCAUGUGACAACCAAUUCGGUCCAAUUUCAACCUUGUCUCCAUGAAUUCAAUAGUUUAAUAGUAGCACAGUCCCCAUACGGCUGUAAUCAGUGAAUUAGAAAAAAAACACACUGGCAAAAGGAUUUUUAUGAUUUUUUUACCCCCUCGUCGUUACGGGGCCUUUAAACGUAAAAGUAAGGGCUGAGUUGUUUAAAGGGCUUGGAGGAGAGGGCCAUGAAUUACGAAUUUGAGCGAGAGAUUGGUUUUAUCAAUAGUCAGCCGUCGCUUGCUGAGUGCCUGACAUCCUUUCCCCCUGUCGGUGAUACAUUUCAAAGUUCAUCAAUCAAGAGCUCGGCGCUUUCACACUCGACACUCAUUCCUCCUCCUUUUGAGCAGACCAUCCCCAGCUUGAAUCCAGGCAGCCACCCUCGCCACAGCCGGCCCAAACACAGCCCAAAUGGGCACGGAGACAGCCCGGUGCCAGCAGGAUCCCUGCCUCCGGAGUACCCCUGGAUGAAAGAGAAAAAGGCUUCCAAGAAAGCCCCUAUAGCAGCAGCAACAGCAGCAGCAGCAGCCAGCGCUGCCCCGGCCACCACAGCCUGCCUCAGCCACAAAGAAAUUAUUGAGAUCCAGGAUAACAGCAGUGGGGGAUCGAGGCGAUUAAGAACAGCUUACACCAACACCCAGCUCUUAGAACUGGAAAAAGAAUUUCAUUUCAACAAGUAUCUGUGCAGACCGAGGAGGGUGGAGAUUGCAGCCCUGCUGGAUCUGACCGAAAGGCAGGUCAAAGUCUGGUUCCAGAACAGGAGAAUGAAGCACAAGAGGCAAACCCAGUGCAAAGAGAACCAGAAUGGAGAUGGCAAAUUCAAGCAUCUGGACGAUUCUGAGAAGGGAGAGGAGGAGAAGGAGAAAUCCCUAUUUGAACAAGCCUUGAAUAGUGUCUCUGGGGCUUUACUGGAGAGGGACAGCUAUAGUUUUCAGCAGAAUGCCUUAGCCCAGCAGCAGUCUCACAACUCACACAAUGGAGAUUCCCAGAGUUUCCCUGUAUCGCCUUUAUCUAACAGUGAGAAAAAUCUCAGACAUUUCCAGCAGCAGUCGCCCACAGCCCAGAACUGCUUAUCAACAAUUGCCCAGGACUGUGCAGCUGGACUCAACAAUGAUAGUCCUGAGGCCUUAGAUGUGGCUUCUCUCACGGACUUUAAUGUCUUCUCCUCGGAUUCCUGUCUUCAGCUCUCAGACACAGUCUCCCCCAGCCUGCCUGGCUCUUUGGACAGUCCUGUAGACAUUUCUGCCGACAGUUUCGAUUUUUUCACAGAUACAUUUACUACUAUAGACUUGCAACAUUUGAACUACUGAAACGUCCACCCCAUUAAAUAGUGAAUUUAUUUUUAUGUUAAAUCCAGUACUGUUUUUUACGUAAAAAUGCCCAUUAGGUUCAAUUUCAGUUUUAACACCCGAUUCAGUUUCGAAAUGUUAAUCCAACACCAUUGAAAGCAAUAACCGAGGCCUCUAAGAAAGUGACUUUUGUCUGAACGUAUCUGCACUUUCUUUUAUUUUUCUAUUGCAUUAAUAUGCGCUGUCAUAUAAGUAUUUUUGGUAGAAUAAAUGAGUAUUUGCCAGAAUUUAUUUUCAUUUAA